CGGUUGGAGCAAGAAAAUGCAGAGCGGUUACUCCAUGAUCGGAAAUUAUCGCUUAUCCUUGACUUGGACCAGACCGUAGUCCACGCUACAUGGGAUCCUACAGUUGGCGAUUGGAUGAAAGACGAGAACAACACCAAUCAUCCGGCGACCAAAGAUAUCCGCAAAUUCACGUUACCGGGCAGUAGCCUCAUGUACUAUAUCAAAUUGCGACCCGGGUUGUCAGAAUUUCUACGACAAGUGUCAGGACUGUACGAAUUACACAUCUACACCAUGGGAACUCGGCAUUAUGCAGAAGCCGUGGCACGCGAGAUCGAUCCGGAGGACAAGCUGUUUCGCGGCCGUAUAUUGUCUCGCGACGAGAGUGGCAGUGUCACACAGAAAAAAAUCCAGCGACUUUUCCCUUGCGACACGUCAAUGGUUGUUGUCUUGGACGAUCGAUCUGAUGUAUGGAGUUUUUCGCCCAAUUUGAUCAAGAUCAAGCCAUAUGAAUUCUUUGUGGGCAUUGGCGACAUCAAUUCACCAUUCGCACCGAAACAGAUACUUGCAGAGCAAGAAAAGAUUCAAGAAGCAAUGGCAAAAGAGCAGCAACAACAACGACCGUUAGCACAAAAGCAAAAUGAACUCGCACCUGGUCAGGAUCGACCGCUGCUUGUAGAUGAUGAUAAGGAGCUCUAUACCAUGUCCACGAUAUUGACCGAAGUACACGAACGGUUCUAUAAGGGACUGGAUGUAUAUGACAAGCAUAAGAAAGAUGAUGAGAAUGGUGCGAAAUCGUCUGUGGGAAAGCCGGAUGUAAAAGAUCUGAUUCCCGAGAUGAAGAGGAAGAUUUUGGAUGGUGUUCACAUUGUGUUUUCAGGUUUGAUACCCCAACAGCAAGUGCUUUCCGAUUCGAUGUAUUGGAGACUCGCUGAAUCGUUUGGGGCUGUGUGUCUCCCUGAUUUGACUGGGAAUGUUACACAUGUCAUUGCUGCCAAGGCUGGAACAGACAAGGUGAAUCGAGCACGACGGGCAAACAAAAUCUUUAUAGUCACUGUAGACUGGCUACUGGAUAGUACAGCACGUUGGGAUAAACAAGACGAAAAACGAUAUAUACUGCCGUCGCUUAAUCCAUCUGCAAGCGUUGGAUCAGAUGCAGGCGAGGUGGAGGUCGAGAACCCCGAAUCGACUCCUUUUGAUGAUGGUGCGUUCGAUCCUGACGAACAUAGCCUAGGAGAAGAUGUUGAUUGGGAUGACAUGGAUAGAGAAGUGGACGAUGCACUCAACGAGAGUGGGACGGAUUUCGGGGACACUGACUCGGAAGCACUUGACAGGUAA